GUUAAUGAAAUUUGAUUAACUGAUAAAGAGCAGUAUAUAAACCGAGUCGAAAACGAUUCUUUAUAGCAGUGUCUGUUUGAUUCAUUAUUUUGACAAUGAUUCGUUUUAUGGUUUUAUUCAUUUUGGUUCUCGGAACCAUUGAUGCAAAACCAAAACCAUGCCAUCAUCGGGACCAAGCCUGCUUAGAAAAUCAAGUCGCCAUACAUCGUCCACCGGGAAUUUUCAAAUCGCUUUCAGACUUCUUUAAUCGCGUAGAUAUAGUAACUUCCAAACGAGCAUCGUGCAGCAACCUCUACGAUGAAGGCUGUAUUAAUGGAGGCCUUCCUGGUGCUGGCGACGAUGAAGAUUGGUUGAAUGGAAAUGGCCUAGGGAAAAGAGCAUCGUGCAGCAAUCUGUACGACGAAGGCUGCAUCAAUGGAGGUCUUCCAGGUGCUGGAGACGAUGAAGACUGGUUGAACGGAAAUGGUUUGGGAAAACGAGCAGGACAUAAAGACUGGAUGAAUAAAAGUGGUAUAGGGAAACGUGCAUCAUGUAGCAAUCUCUAUGACGAGGGUUGCAUCAACGGAGGUCUUCCAGGUGCCGGUGACGACGAGGAUUGGCUUAAUGGAAAUGGUUUAGGAAAACGAGCGUCAUGCAGCAAUAUUUACGAUGAAGGUUGCAUCAACGGAGGUCUUCCAGGUGCCGGCAAUGACGAAGAUUGGCUUAAUGGAAAUGGUUUAGGAAAACGAGCGUCAUGCAGCAAUAUUUACGAUGAAGGUUGCAUCAACGGAGGUCUGCCAGGUGCCGGCAAUGACGAAGAUUGGCUUAAUGGAAAUGGGUUAGGAAAACGAGCGUUAUGCAGCAAUAUCUACGAUGAAGGUUGCAUCAACGGAGGUCUUCCAGGUGCCGGCAAUGACGAAGAUUGGCUUAAUGGAAAUGGGUUAGGAAAACGAGCGUCAUGCAGCAAUCUUUACGAUGAAGGUUGUAUAAACGGAGGCCUUCCUGGAGCUAGUGAAGAUCAGGCCUGGCUAACUGGUAACGGUUUAGGCAAACGGGUUAACAUACCUCAGCCAGGAUAUAAUAAGAAUAAUUUUAAAGGAAAUAAAAAUAGCAAGACUCCCAUUAUGUAUUAAAUCAAAUUCAAUAAUUAUUUCAUGUAUAAUUAAUAUUUUUUUCCAUUUCAUAUAUUAUUUUAAUCAGUGCAUACAUGAAAAUUCAUGUACAAUGGCUAUUGAACGCAGAAUUUCUGAUAAUAUAUUUUGCAAUCGGUAAAUCGCGAUGCAUUUUUGUAUUUUCAGAAUAUUGCCAAAUUUAGAGUA